GCCGUCUGCAGCUACCGAUCGCCAGCGAUCCCGCUCCCGGGUCCCCGAGCAGACCCGGAGUACGCGCGACGACGUGUGGGGGACACUCGCGGACCGCACUCUGGAGAUCACCCGGGUUUGCCCGCCUCCCAUCAGCCGCGAUUCCCUGGCCCGCGAUCCUGAGCCCAGGGAACUCAUUGGGUGGGGGUAGGGUCCCCGAGGACCCGGGCCAGCUCCCGGCGCGACGAUGGAAGAGCAGCAGCGCGCGCGCUCGCACACGGUCACCACCACUACCAGCUCCUUCGCGGAGAACUUCUCCACCACCAGCAGCAGCUUCGCCUACGACCGAGAGUUCCUCCGCACCCCGCCGGGGCUCCUGAUCGUGGCCGAGAUCGUCUUGGGACUGCUGGUGUGGACGCUCAUCGCUGGCACUGAGUAUUUCCGAGUCCCUGCUUUUGGCUGGGUAAUGUUUGUAGCUGUCUUUUACUGGGUCCUCACCGUCUUCUUCCUCAUUGUCUACAUCACCAUGACUUACACCAGGAUUCCCCAGGUGCCCUGGACCACAGUGGGCCUGUGCUUUAACAGCAGUGCCUUCGUCUUGUACCUCUCAGCUGCCAUCGUGGACGCAUCUUCUGUCUCCCCGGAGAAGGAAGGUUACAACUUCAACAGCUGGGCAGCCUCCUCGUUCUUUGCCUUCCUGGUCACCAUCUGCUAUGCUGGAAACACAUACUUCAGUUUCAUAGCCUGGAGAUCCAGGACCGCACAGUGACUCUCCCUCCUCAGAUCAUGGAGAAGAAGACACACCAGGACGAAUCCCAGUGUUUUAAAAACAAA